CUGCAUUCGCCAUCUUUGGACUCGUGUUUUGAUGUGCGUUUUAUAACUUACCAGGAAAUAGUUCAAGUUUAAUCAGCUAUUGCUGAUUUGCAGAUUAUUUGAACCAUGCCACCAACAAUACAGAGUGGUAACAGAAAUGAUCGAGGCAGGAAACCCCGUGCUACUGGUCCAGGAAGGUCCGACUUAGUCUGUCGAGUGAAGUACUGUAAUCAUUUACCCGAUAUCCCGUUUGAUCCUAAGUUCAUUACAUACCCAUUUGAGCCCAAUCGCUUUGUCCAGUACAAUGCUACUUCUUUGGAGAGGUCAUACAAACAUGAGUUACUGACGGAGCAUGAUUUAGGAGUGACGAUAGAUCUUAUUAAUCCUGAUACAUACAGUCAAGACCCAUCAGUUAUCAUAGACCCAGCUGAUGAAAGGCUCUUGGAGGAAGAAAUAUCCACACCGGGGGAUUCCAAAAGAUCAAGACAACAUGCCAAACCUGUGUCUUGGUUGAGAAAAACAGAAUAUAUCUCUACAGAAUACAACAGAUUUACACACAGUAGUGACAAGGCUGAAACAAAAGUUGGAGCUAAUUUAAGAAAGCAAUUUGCAGAGGACUAUCUUUAUAAGGAUCGUGAAAGUCAGAUAAGUGCAAUUGACAAAACAUUUGACACUGCCAAAGUACCAAUCACGGAGCAUUACAGUAAACCAAACGUCACAGCGGUUGAUGUCCUUCCAGUAUUUCCUGACUUCAAUGUAACUAUGGAUCAUCCGUGUGCACAGGUGAUCUUUGAUAGUGACCCGUCAGUUAGCGGUAAACAAAUGGCUCUUCAGAUGGAGGAGAUGUCGCAGGCAAUGAUCAGGGGAAUGGUUGAUGAAAGUGAUGAACAGUUUGUUGGCUAUUUCCUACCGAAUGAAGAAACAAGGCAAAAGCGGAAACGAGACGUUGAAGAGGGUAUUGACUACACCCCAGAGGAGGAAUAUGAAUACAAAAUGGCGAGGGAGUACAACUGGAAUGUGAAAAACAAAGCUACAAAAGGUUAUGAAGAAAAUUACUUCUUCGUUGUACGAGAUGAUGGUGUCUAUUACAAUGAAUUGGAAACAAGGGUACGUCUGAGUAAACGGAGGGUCAAAGGUCCAGUUGUGUCUAGCAACUCGGUAUUGAUCGUGAAACACCGAGAACUGACAGAAGGUGAAAGUAGCCAACAGGAGGCAAGAUUGUUGCAGCUUGAACCUGUGGUACAGGAAGAGGAGGAAGAAGAAGAGGAGGCGGCAGCAGAGGAGGCGAGUGAAGCCGAAGCCGAGGAGGGACAAGAAAAUGCUAGUGAUGCAGAAGAAGAAAGUGGAAGUGAGAAAAUGAGUGAUGCAGAAGAUGAAGACGAGGCAGAGAAAGAGAGUGGAAAAGAAGAUGAGAUGGAGGAGCAAGCCAGCGACGAUGAAGACAAAGAAAGCAAAAAGGGAGAAAGCAGCGCUGGUAGUAGCAGUAGUAGCAGCAGCAGUAGUAGCAGUAGCAGUGGCAGCAGUAGUGAAAGUGAGGAAGAGAGAAGAAAUGAGGAAGAGAUUUUCGGUAGCGCUAGUGAUAGCGAGGAGGAAGCAAAAAGUGCGUCUGAGUCAGGAGAAGAAAGUGACUAAAUUUAAUGGGUUUAACUAAGUGAACAUUUUCAAACAUUUUGUCAUGCUAUAAAUUCAGCUUAAUGUUACUUAGUUUGGUUCUUGAAAGCUGUUUCUGUUUUUUGUCAUCAAGUGAUAUGCUUGAGGUUUAUUUCAGAGCAUGGCAUGAUCACCCAAUUUUGUUGUUUUUCUGAUCAUGGGCGUAAUGCUGCAGAUUAUAACUACUGUGGACCAGUCAAUGAUAAUCAUUGUUGUGAUUCAUUUCGUUUUCCUGAAAAACAAAAUAUUUGACAACAUGGUCAACAUGUUUCAAGCCUUUUCUCAGAUUUGAUGAGAUGGACAGAGGUUUGUUAUCUGUCUUUAUAAGUGACCAAUCCAAUCUGCCGUACAUGGGUGUAUAUUGAACCAGAUGUUUAAAGGGCGCCCCCACAACACUCUCUGUAUUUUGACAGUAGAGGGCAGAAA